UGUUUACGGUGUUUACCGUGUUUACCUGUGUUUACCCUCAGUAUGGAGUGUAAUAGUGAGGUAGGAUCAUCCUUGCACAAUGAUUCUGUCUCCAGUACAGCUUCAAGUACGAGAUAUCGUGAGGAUAGUAUUUUUCCAGAGGAACAUUCGUUGCUCCAGUUUGUACAAAUGGGAAUUUCUGAAACAACCGAAGAGAAUGUUACAUUUACAAAAGAAAUUUUAUCAUUGUUAUCCAAGUUAAAUCUGGAGCCACAAUCCUUACCCAGUGACAUCAAAGAAGGAUUGCAAAAAGUAGCUUUAAUCUUAAGGUUUGAAAAAUUGUCCGAUCUCGACGAUUGUGCACUGAGGAUAGUGUGUGAAGAAAAGAAAAUACAAGAAAAGAACAAACAACGACAAGAAAAGUGGAUGGCAUCAAAGUACGAUAGUCUAUUUAGGACUCAUGCCAAAUUGUCAAAGAUGGUCAACCAAAUGCAACAGAAUGUAAAUUCUCUUGAAAGAUCUGUGGAAGAUAGUCAGAAGGAACAAGAGGAUAAUUAUUGCAAUCAAGUUUUAUGGUCUACAAAGUUGAAAGAAUAUAAGCAAACUGUGGAGAAGCUAGAAGCUGAGCUAACAACCAUGCAAAUUGAUGAUCUUUAUCCACAAAAAAUCUUAAAUAAAUAUGAUAGGUACAUAGAACUACGGGGUGAACUAGCUGAAGUUAAUCAAUGCCUUAGCCAAUACGGAGAUUUACCACCAAACUUACUACAAGCUAAAGCAUUACUUGAAGUUAAGCAGAAGGAAUAUGAAACUCUAGAAAAGACAUUCUUAGAGAAGACAAGUUAUUCUUAACAAUGUAUAAUAUUUUCAGUAUGCCUCUUCUGUAAAU